GGAUGUGGUCUGCGACUGGGACCACGUUUCUUGCCUAUUGCACCCGGAUUACUGUCUCAAGACCUUUAGUGGUUGUGCUGUCCUCCGCCAUUUGGAGAUAGACUUUGUCCAGUCUGGUUGGAUUUGCACCCCGCCUGCUUACCAUAGCACACAAUGGAGUCUACGACUGGUAAAGUACCUGUUAACCAUGCUUCUUCAUUUUCUAAUGCCGACAUUGGCCGCAUUCUGGGGGCGGCAGAAGGGGAUAUGUCCUUCUUGCAUGUCCCAACUAAUAUAGAUCUACAAAGACAAUAUGAAUAUGAAUCCAGACGAUUGUUGUCCCUAACCCUACAUUUGUCUACACUUGGCGAGUACUAUAAAUCUGAGCGAAUACCUAGGGGAAUGCGCCUUCAACCUAGAGAGAAUGCCUAUAUGGGGAACCCCGAAUAUAGACAACGCUAUGAGUUACUUGCCAAUAGGUUUUCACUGGAUUUAAUUCUACUAAAUAUGGAUAUGUUACAGAAAGAUAUUGUGACUGUGAAAGACAAGAUGACAAAUGCUGAGACUACAUUGAAAUCAACUUUAUCCGAGGAGGACUUUGAUAAGUUCAUCUCUAAACACUCUGUCUUUUUACAAAAAUUGAAAAAUGAAGUUGAAAAUACCAAAAGACAUAAGUGGUAUAGAGACUCCACCGACUACAGCAACAGUCGGACCUAUAUGUGGGGGUCUCAGUCUGUGACUAGACGGUCACCUAGGAAAACUAGAGACACCAAACUUGAUUUGAAAGACAGAGUACAGUCUACAACUAACGAUUUUCCUUCCUCUAAUACCGUAACACAGGAUUUUUUAGAUCUUCAUCAACAUACAAGCAACGUCCCACCCGGAGAGGAGGCAAACGCCACAAACGGGAAUACAAGGAACAGACAACGGACACCAAGAACAACCCAGAACCGACACAAAAAGAAGUGAUGUUGGAAUUUUCAUUUGUCGGGGGACAGACCAAAGAUACCGACAUGGAAUAUACUAUUAUAACUUUUUAUGUUAUCCUCACAUGCGUGGAAUAAAAGAUUUCCUUGUGAUUACAUUCUAGUUAUGUGUGAUGUACAAAAAUUGGGGCAAUGUAACAUAUUCAACCAUAUACUCCUUCAAGAACACUUUACUUUCUCUUAGAUAGGUUUGGUAUCCAUAUGUGUACACGAAUGGACGUUGUGCAUGUGUGGAUUUCAAACAUACGUGUACACGUAAUAUUCACUUUUAGUACAUGUAUGUAUUACUAAUAUCACGUCUAUUAACACUAUUUCCCUAUCCACUACAUAUUUUACAUUUAGUUCUA